AUGCAGAACAAAGAUAAUAAAGAGUUGUAUAUUGUUGGCGCGCCCUUCGCUGGCGGCCAGGGCAAGCAGGGCGUUGACGAGGCUCCCAAGCUGCUUCUGAGGGAAGGUCUGGAGACAGAGAUCCAGAACCUUGGCUGGAAUACCCACGUCUCCCACCUAGAAUUCGAAGAGGUCAAAAACGAUACCCCUAUUUCGAACAUGAAGAACCCCCGGUUCGUCUCCAAAGCUGCAGAGAAGGUAUACGAUUCGGUCAAAGCGGCUGCCGAGAAGGGAUUCGUGCUCACUGUCGGUGGUGACCACUCUAUUGGUGCUGGCACGGUCGCAGGUGUGCUGGCAGCCCAUCCUGAAGCAGUCGUGCUCUGGAUCGACGCGCAUGCAGAUAUCAACACCCCAGCUGCAACGCAAUCUGGAAAUAUCCACGGCUGCCCUCUGUCGUUCCCUACUGGCAUCGACGAGCUGCCCGAAGAUGUCGAGGACGGCGUUUUUAAAUGGCUUCCUCGCAAGAGCCUUGACUUUUCCCGUUUGGCCUACAUCGGUCUCCGCGAUGCCGACGAGUUCGAAAAGAGCGUGAUUCGCAAAUACAACAUCGCUGCAUAUUCUAUGCAUGAUGUGGACAAGUAUGGCAUUGCUCGCGUCGUUGAGAUGGCUCUCCGCCGUGUCAACCCAGGAAACACUCGCCCAAUUCAUUUGUCCUUCGACGUCGACGCUCUGGACCCGUUCUUUGCUCCCAGCACUGGCACCCCUGUUCGUGGAGGCCUGACUUGGCGCGAGGGCUGCUACAUCUGCGAGGCGGUCGCAGAAACGGGCAACCUGGUCGCCAUGGAUCUGGUUGAAUGCAACCCUCAUCUCGGGGAACACGACGAACACAUCAAGUCUACUCUCCACUCUGGCAUUGCUCUGGUCAAGAGUGCUCUUGGCCAAACGCUCUUGUAA